AUGAAAAAACCUAUCUACACCAUAACAAACACAGAAGAUACAACCGUUCGACACCAUUCAAAAAUACUUCAAAACAUAUCUACAGUCUCGUUAGCAUGUCACAAAUCUGAUAAACAGAAAAUCUGCGCACCAAUCAACAUCCUCCACCAUUAUAGCGGUCUCGGUAGAAUAACCCCGUCGCGCAUGAACGCUAGGAUGCUCGGGAGAAGACCCAGCAGCCACGUCACUGUCGUAACGUUCCUUUGCAAGACGAAAGCGACUCUCAAGGACUCCAAGAAUCUCCUCGUAUCGGUGAAGGCGCGUCUCGAGGGACUCGGUGUCAGGAACGUCGGGGAGGGGUGUACCAAGGGAGUCAAGGAGUCGCUGGAUACGCGGAAGAAGAGAGAGCGUUCGCUCGGUGAGCUCGAAAGGGUGGGAUUCCUCAAAUUCACGGCGGAGGUCGAUGAUAUCGUCAUUAAAACGAUAAUAGUGCGCCUCAAUCUUGUGGCGCUGAUCGUUGGUGGCAAGCUGAAGAAACUCGUAGAACACAUCGGCGGCAUAGGCGGUGACAUGAGCAUUAGCACCUGCGCGAGCUUUGGCCAGACAAAGACACAUGAGUCGGAUGUCUCGAUCCUCCAGGAAAGGAAUGCCUCCAAGCUCGAUGAUGACCUCGGAACGUUCACGGAGCUUUUGGGUGUUCGCCAGCAACUGCUGCAUAUCAACCACGGUGAUAGGGGGCACGGAGCGAAGGAGGUCGAGGCAGCAGGUGUCAACAUACGAGGAAUACCGAUCAAAGGAGGCGCAUGCCUCACGGAACAGUGCAUCAAAGGCCGAAGCCGAGGGGGCGAUCAACACUCGCUCUUCGACCUCAAGGCCGGCGAAAUUGCUCGGGACCAAGGUCUCAACCGCCUUACGAAUUUGAGCGACCCAUCCAGGGGCGAAGAGCGACAGAAACUGCUUCACGGUCGUGCGACGAGUAGACGGCAAUACGUGAUCUCGUUGGUAGACUGGAGCGGACAUGGUAAUGGGAAAAUAGGGUGGUUGACGAGGGCGUCAACAUUUAAAAGUCGAGAGGGGGUGUGGAGACAUGAGACGGGGUGGACACGGAAAGUGUCAGAAUGA